CAGAAUGCCCGAACCAGCGAAGUCCGCGCCCAAGAAGGGCUCCAAGAAAGCCGUCACCAAGGCUCCUGGCAAGGGGAAGGGGAAGAGGAGGAAGACCAGGAAGGAAAGCUACGCCAUCUACGUGUACAAGGUGCUCAAGCAGGUGCAUCCCGACACCGGAAUCUCGUCCAAGGCCAUGAGCAUCAUGAAUUCGUUCGUCAACGACAUCUUCGAGCGCAUCGCUUCCGAGGCAUCUCGCCUGGCUCAUUACAACAAGAGGUCCACCAUCACAUCCCGGGAAAUCCAGACCGCAGUGCGACUCCUGCUGCCCGGGGAACUGGCCAAGCACGCCGUGUCCGAAGGCACCAAGGCGGUCACCAAGUACACCAGCUCCAAGUAGACCAUGUGACGUCAUUGCAACAACCAACGGCUCUUUUAAGAGCCACAUAAUCCUUCUAAAGAAAGGGGCCUCCAGCUCCAUGCGGACCUGAGUGAGGACAGCCUUUUUUCACGUCCGCUUUCCCACGAUAUAAACAGCGUGCCUGCCCAAUCGCGUUAUUCCAUACGAGGCGUCCGGCAUACCGCCGAUGAGCAUGGUGCAGAUGGAGAAGAUCUUCUCAGCGUUUGUGUUGGCGCACACGUUGCCAAAGCCGACGCUGGUCAGGCUGCUGAGGGUGAAGUAGAGGGCGGCGACCGUAUUGUUGACGUAAGGCAUCUCCAGGCGUUUGCCCAGCUCAUGCAGCCAUCCUUGGGGAAGAGACGGGAGGACAACAGGGUGACAAGAACUAAAUUAUCCAGACUAGAUAUACAUUGUAUUAUUAUGUUUAUCUUACCUAAAAAUAAAUAUAUUUA